AUGCAUCGGUCGUUUGCAUCUAUGCGCACGUUCGAAAAGUAUGAUACAUUAAAUGACUUCAAAAAUCAACUGAAAAGACAGGAACCCGAGCAACAAGUACCUGAUGUUCUGCAACAUGAAAAAGAUCCGGGUGAAAACUCUGAAAAUGAAAUGGAGAUGGAACAAGAGCACGGGGAACAAGAGCAACAAGUUCCGCAAGUUCCAGAGCAACAAAGACAUGCUCAACAUGGCAAUGAAGAGGAUGGUCCACCCCACGGAAUGGAAGAAGAGGAAGAGGAACCGGUGGACCUUGAACCAGUUCAAGAUGUGCCAGUGAGACGGACUGCGCGAUCCACGCGACGAUCUUCUCAUCAAGUUGCCGGAGUAAGACGAAAACGGCCUCGUCGCGAAGUUCCGAGACAGAAUGCAAACCUCCCUUCCACUGGCCACACAACACAGCCAGAAGAUACGAACAACACGCCAGGAUCAUAUGUUCAUGAAGUGAAGACUGUUUUUGAUAAAGAGGAUGCAGAAGAAAUAGAAGACAAUUUGGAAACUGAGGCUGGAUUGGCUAAAUUCUUGAACAAGCGCCUCAUCUUCAUGGUUGUCGGAGAAAAAAAGAUUGAUAACCCAAGAAUUAAAAUCGUCCGGCAGUAUGAAGCACGUCUUCCGAAAAACUGCCAGGAAGCAUAUCAAGGACAACGGAAGGGAUCAUCCUGGCUCCAAAACCAAAUCCGACAUCCCGGAGUUCCAAUUAAAAAAUUUUCCAGUGCUGAUUUAGGAAAGUUUGGACAAUCAAAAGAAGGUUGGAGCGUCCAAUCAAUAUUCAAGAGUGAAACUCCAAACCAUGUUUGGGUGCUCUUUGUUGGGUGGGAUUCCACAACAAUGGAACUCAAAACGACGGCCGAGAUUAAGAAAACUGCCCCAGAUAUGGUCAAAAAAUUCGAAAAGAAAAACGAGUUUUGGAAAGAAGUAGAAAAGAUGUACAAAGAGAAGGGCUUGUUUGAUUCGUUGGAAAUUGGUUUUGCCAGGGAAAAGUUCGUCACGGAGGAAAUGGCCAAUGAUCCAUCAAAUCGGUACUGGCUGUACCAAGACCAGUCCUUUUUUCACACCAUGAUUCAAGAAAAUUAUGGACUUGGUGCAGUGCAAUAUGUGUGCCUCAAAGAAGAGAUGGUUCCACCCCCGAAGUUCACAUACACUCCUCACAACAUCAUGAGGGAAUAUGUAUUGGAAAAAUGCAAAGCAAUAUCUGAUGAUUACCAGAAGAAAUUGGAGGAAGCAUUCAAAAAAGGUGCCAGAGAAUUGAAAGGAAAUGGAGGAGGAUGUGAAACACCGCACACAUGCAAAUGCAAAAUUGUGUUUGAAACAUUGUUCCGGCGGAAUCCGCAACAGCCAAGAUGGAACCGGCUUCGUUUGAAGCACAAUGCCGAUGGCCUUCUGGAGUUUCCCGUCGAGUUUGACAGAAACAAUCAACGAAUUGUUAUUGAAUGCACUGACGCGUGCGGUUGUUCCAUGAGGUGCCCUUGUCGACCGCUCCAGCAAGUGAGACGAAAUCCCGUCAUCAUAUUCUACAAUUUUCUGAUGAAUCAAUUUGGACUGAAGACGGGAGUAUCUCUCAGAGAAGGAGACCUGAUCUUCGAAUACACAGGAGAGUUGAUUUGGGAGCUCGAUGGACAAAAGAGACGUGGAAGAAACUCCUCCUAUGACGCGGAUUUCAAGGUACUUGGAGAUGGCUUCGUCAUUUCUUCAUGGAAGAUUGGAAAUGUUGCUCGUUUCAUGAGUCAUUCGUGCAACCCGAAUGCCAUCUUCAUUGAGGUUUAUGUGCAACAGAACCCGGGAGAUCCAGUCAUUCCUCGUAUUGCAGUCUAUGCUCUGAGGGACAUCAAAAAUGGAGAAGAUGUCACGAUUGCAUACUGGGACAAGGAUGAUAUGCCUCUAAUUGGAGACGAUAAGUGCUUGUGCGCUCCAGAUUGUCCUCGAUAUUUGGUAAGAGUCGAAGAUGACGAUGACGAUGACCGAAAAUAG